AUGGGGCUUUUGGAUGACUACUAUCGCGAGGUCACGGCACUGGACCACCGUCACCCACAAGCGCGAGGGCGGCAGUCCAAGAAGCAGCAGCGCCGCCGCCCCGUUCCCUUGCUGGACAAACUGGACGAGCUGCCCGUGGCCAGACCUCAAACCCACGCGGUAGCAAGGCAUCCAGUGGCGAAAAUCAAAGAAGCCAAGCGCCGAGGCCUGACGACUGCCGCCGCCCCUCGCACUAGAGCCCCGAACCAAGACAACAACAACCCCCACAACGAUACCUCCGUGGACGACCCAAAUGAUAAAUCCGUGCGCUUUAAACUCGCGUGGCGAAACCACGUCGCGACCUCACCAGUGAAGAAAGCCACAACCCACGUCGCGGUGGUAGCGAAUAGCGGGGUGGCGUCCCUUGCAACCAUCGAUGCGCCGAUCCCGUUCUUCCCGGUACAAUUGCUGCAACAAGUGCACGUGAAUCUGUCCAUGUGGACACUUGUGGCCACCGACACGGCGUUUCUGAAAAUCGCCGCCCACAACAACCGAUUACGGAACCUUCAAUCCAACGCGUUUGCAAUGGACAAAAUGAAAGCCCAACCCAAUUACCAAGGGUUCACGAGAAGCAUCGUCGCGGCCGGCAUCGAGGCGCUGACGGACGUGGGUCUCAUGGCGGUGGCCAAGGCGGUAGAGGCCCUGGAAUGCUUGGACAUUGCACAUGCCACCAAGGUGACCGACGCGGGCAUGAGGACAUUGGCGCUGCACUGCACCAAACUCACAAGCCUCAACAUCUCGGGCUGCACAGGCAUCGCGGGCGCGGGACUGGGAGCUGUGAGCGACCACUGCCAUAGCAUGCAGCGCCUCGCGCUGGCCGAGUGUGCGCAUUUGGAAGACUGGGUGCUGGUUCGGGCGUUUUAUAACUUUGAGCGACUCACCCACGUCAACUUGUCGGCUUGUGUCCAGAUCACAGACAACAUGAUCAAGGCCAUGGCGCUGCGGUGCCGUUACUUGAUCGAGUUGGACCUGUCGUCGUGCCCCCAGUUGACAGAUACUGGCAUCGUGUAUCUGGCUGAGCACUGCGUGGCGCUGGAGCGACUGAGUUUGGCGUCCAUCAAGGCCCAAUUCAACGAACGCAUCACGGACUUGGCCUUGUUGAGCUGCGGGGAGCAUUGCCCUCGAUUGCAGUUGGUGAAUGUGUCAGGGUGCACGUUCGUCUCAGACAUAGGGGUUCGGUGGCUGGCGGAGGGUUGCCCUGCCCUCACCAGCCUCGACAUGACCCACUGCUUAAAACUCACGGAUGUGGCGAUGCGCGCCUUGGGCAGCCUCACCCCCCACCUCCAAACUCUGUACCUGGGCCACGCCAAGAACAUCUCGGAUGUCGGGCUCCGGUUCCUUUCAGACGGAUGCCCCCGUCUGUCACUGCUGCAUCUCAAACAACUUUAUUUGGUAUCGGACGGCGUCAAGCGUGAGUUCGGUCUCGAAGGGCUCCAAGCGGUGGCGCAGUCGUGUCGAGCCCUCACGGAUUUAGACGUGUCGGGGUGCUUUCAAAUCGUCGAGCGAUCUCUUCAUAGCAUUGGGACCCACUGCACGUCCCUCAAGAAGAUCAACCUGCGCGGAUGUGUCAGCGCCACCUCCGUGGGCCUGUCGUACGUUCUUCAAGGGUGUGCGUCGCUCGUGCAUGUCAACUUUACCGCCAUCGAGCAAUGCACCAACGCAGUCGUGCAAGAAAUCGCCAAGUGCUGUGCUGCUCUCAAGGAGCUCAUCCUUGCGCAAUGCGUUCGCGUCACCGACAGCGGACUUCGGUACUUGCAUCGACUGUCCAACCAAUUGGUCGUGCUCAAUCUUUCCGGCUGUACUCAGAUCACAGACGUGGGACUGUCGGCGUUCGUGUCGUCGUUUCGAUCGACGUCGUCGGCGUUGCAGCAACUCAUUCUCAACGGAUGUCCAUUGGUCACGGAGGACUUUAUGAAUCGCGCGGCGCUCACGUGUCCACACUUGAUUCGACUUAGUGUCUUGGGCUGUGGAAUUUCCACGAGGGUGUUGUCGUCGUUGAAAUCAUCAUGGAAAUACACCGUGUUUCGAUCAUCCCAGUCCGAAAUGGGAUACUUUCCAACACAUCGCGCCAAGGAGCGGCGGUACAUGGAUGAAUCGGGGCAGCUGUGCCUCGCGGCGAUCAAGAUUCAGAACGUAUAUCGCCUUCGAAAAGCGAGGCGGGAUUUCGCGGUUCAAGAAGAGGUCGCCCUACGCCAUCGUGUGGUCCGGCGGUUGCAAAGUCAAUGGCGAGGCCGGCGCGCUCGAAAGCGGGCGGCUGUCAAACGGCUCGGCAUGGACAAACGGCAUCGAGCUGCCACUCAAAUUCAGUGCUGCUUUCGACGGUACCGAACCAAGCAAACUGCGUUGCACGAGUACGAAGAUUUGUUGCUCAAGCGCACGAAAGAGCUCGUGGUGGUCAUUCAGCGACGGUACCGCGCAGUUCGAGGGGCCCGAGUAGCGCAAGUGGCCAUGAAAGCCCAGAAACGGUGGACCAAGAAACGACACGAGGCGGCGACGAAAAUGCAGCGCAGGUGGCGGGGCAUCGACGGCCGGCGCAAGUUCAAACUCGCCAAGGCCAUGCGCGAGGCGGACCGCCAAGAAGAAACAGCGUCAGCGACGCAACUACAAUCGUUGAUGCGAGGUCGACAAGCUAGAAAGGUAGCAGCCGCAAGACGACAGGCCGAGCUUGACCGAGAAGUCCAGCGUCAGCACGCAGCGAUUCGGCUGCAGUGCAUGUAUCGACAGCGCAUCGCUCGGCGCAAGUUCCGCGCGCGGUUGGAUCGGCUGGCGGAAACCUAUCGCGCGGCGACCAAGAUGCAAUGCGCAUGGCGGGCGCGUCAAGGCCGCAGUAUCAUGGGCGCCUUACGCAUGGCUCGUGACCGCCGCGAACACGAAGCGGCCGCGACGCUGGUGCAACUUCGCUGGAAGAAACGGGUGGCGUACAAGAGCCGCGUGUGGGAAGCCGAGAUGCGGCGCAGUGGCAACGUGGCACGACGGGGGGCUGCCAGCCGGCUGCAGCUGUGGUGGCGCAAUGUACUGGCCAUUCGAUGCGCGCGGGCUGAAAUGACAGCGCUACUAGAGAUGAAAAAGCAAGACGACGCCAUGUUGUUUUGGGCAGCGGGACUGGUGCAGAAUCAAUUCCGUCGACAUCGUGCGCGGCAUGUGUAUGCCCAGCUACAAUUGGCCCACGAGUGUCGAUGGAAACAAGUGCUGGAUGUGGACAACGCGCAUGGCAUGGGACACGGCGCCCCUUUUUACUACGUACAAACGUCCCACGCGACAUGGUUGUUUUGAAGUUGUUGUUGGAUUAGAACCAAAUCAACAGCGACGUGCGAUGGCGGAUGCCCAGCGAUGUGCUGUCGUUGGAGCGUCAACCUACGUGCAAUCAAUGCGACGUUGACAGCACUGCGACGGUCGAGUGCAGCACCUGUGGCGAGUACUUUUGCCCCGAGUGCUGUGCGCGCGUCCACGACCACGGUAAACGACAGCAGCACAUUCGACGCCCAAUGUACAACUACUACCACAAGCGCAUCGAGUACGGCGACGGCGAGUUCCCGUCUGUGUGGCCCAGUGAAAUUGACCAGGACCGCAACCGACCGUGGGAUUUCAUCAACCAUGUUCCACUGGAAGGCUACGAUGCGUUGGCAGCUUGGAUCGCAGAAGAGGACAUGCGACUGUACCUGCUGCGCCUGGCGUUGCAAAAGGCAGAACCAGUAGAAGUGCCCGAAGUGGUCGAGGAGGUUGUUCAAGUGGUCGAAGUCGUGAAGCCACCACGGGCAUUCGACGAGGACUCGAGCGGCAACAAAAUUGUCUUCAAACCCGUGGGCUGCACCACCUCCAGGCCGGACGAAGAUGUUGCGUACCAAGUUAAGGUGGACGCACCCUCGGACUAUUCCGACAAAGCUACCAAGAAGUCCAAGCGAAAGCGGCGACCGCUGGCUGCGCAAAAGAAGCUCCUCAAUGCCGCGACCCCCAAAAUCAUCAUGCCAGUAACACCAGCGUCCACAACAGACGCAGAUGGUGCAGCAUAAACUUUGAAACUGGUGGACGUUGUAACGUUAAAGGAAACGUAAAGUCAUAGAAGGGCAUGAACGAACGAUGGAGAAGUCGCUGCGGCGAUGGUGGUGGGAAGUCAAUUACUUGCCAGCAAAGGCAUUGUCGCUGGUGCCCAUUGUGGUCCAGCGUCUGACGAGGAU